CCAUUUCUUAAAAUUUUAUUUUCUAAAGGAUAAGUUUGUAGUUGCAAAAGUUCUGUGGUCACCGAAGGGACGGACGACGGCGGAGCAGAAGCGCAGAGGCGUUGAAGAUGUUGGAGAACAUAACAGCAAAUGAAGUAGCUGGCUAUGCAGUGGGCGCUCUUCUGCUUUCAGCCACCAUUUCAGCUCCCAAAAUCGAUUCCUUCAUUUCGGCCUCUCAACGCACGUCAUUGGGGAUGUGCAAAAGAUGUGGUGAUCUGAAGCUAAUAGCAUGCUCAAAAUGCAAAGGGUCUGGGUUUAUGAAGCCGACUGGAGGAGGAAGAGGAAGAGAGGCAUUCAAUUUGAUUCCUAUAAUUGGUGAUAUCAAGAUAAAGACUAAGACAAAGACAAAGACAAAAGCAAAGAUCCCCUCCAAAUCUGAAUCUGCUUCAGGCUGCAGCAAUUGUGGAGGAAAUGGCCAUUUUCCCUGCCAUGAAUGUACCGGUGCUUCUUAGGUUGGUUUAUAUUGAAAUUGAACUUCCAUUUAUUAUGGCCACCAAAGCAAAAUUACUUGUAACCCACAGUUGAUUUGAAAAGUUUUGCAUUUUGAUUUAGAAA